CUGGUGAAGGUGUUGUGUGGAUGAACAGAGUCGAGUGCAGAGGGAAUGAGAUUCGCCUGUGGGACUGUCCUCUCUCCCUGAAAAACCACACUGACUGCUCCCACAAAGAGCACGCUGGACUCACCUGUGCAGAUUUUACAGAUGUAUCAGUGUCCACUACUUCUGCCACAACAACAUCAGCUUCUCCUCCAGUUUCUCCUCCAGCGCGCUCAACAUCAGUCUCUCCUCCACAAACUUCUCCAGCAGCGUCUCUCUCCGUCCCCCCAGUGCUUGUGAUUGUUCUGGGAGUUGCGCUCUUACUGCUCUUAGUGCCACUGCUUAUACUAAUUCAGCAGAACAGAGCGAUGAGGAGAGCUCUCUCUAAGAGGAGACACAGGACGAUGACUGAGGCCGUUUAUGAGGAGAUUCAGCAUAGACCCACUAACAGACACAGUCUCUUCACUCAGAGGGGAAGUGUGCUCUCAGAAAAACAGCAUUCUGGGUAUGAAGAUGCUGAUGAGCUUCUUUCAGCAAAAUCUGCAGAAAGAGCCAAACCUGAAUACCAUAAUGAUUUCUCCAGCACUAAAGGCCCAACAAAAAAAAAAAAAAAAAAUACUGGUUUUUUGGAAAGAUGUGUUGACAUUUGA